CUCUCCCCUGUAGAGCCCGGGCCGCGGCGGGAGGAUGUGCUGAGGAUGGGGCUGUGCCCCGCGGGGGCUGACGAUGGCCAGGGAGGACUCGGUGAAGUGCCUGCGCUGCCUGCUCUACGCCCUCAACCUCCUCUUCUGGUUGAUGUCCAUUAGUGUGUUGGGUGUGUCUGCUUGGAUGAGGGACUACCUGAAUAAUGUUCUCACUUUAACUGCAGAAACAAGGGUGGAGGAAGCUGUCAUUCUGACUUAUUUUCCCGUGGUCCAUCCAGUCAUGAUUGCAGUCUGUUGCUUCCUUAUCAUCGUGGGGAUGUUAGGGUACUGUGGCACAGUGAAAAGAAACCUAUUGCUUCUUGUAUGGUACUUUGGAAGUUUGCUUGUGAUAUUCUGUGUUGAACUGGCCUGUGGUGUUUGGACAUAUGAACAGGAAGUAACGGUCCCAGUACAAUGGUCAGAUAUGGUCACUUUAAAAGCCAGGAUGACCAAUUAUGGCCUACCUAGAUACCAGUGGCUUACCCAUGCUUGGAAUUUCUUUCAAAGGGAGUUUAAGUGCUGUGGAGUAGUGUACUUCACUGACUGGCUGGAAAUGACAGAGAUGGACUGGCCUCCUGACUCCUGUUGUGUUAGAGAGUUCCCAGGAUGUUCCAAGCAGGCACAUCAUGAAGACCUUAGUGACCUUUAUCAAGAGGUAGAGAGAAAAUACUUGAAUAUUUCAAAUGAUAUUUCAAACUGUCUCCUGUCCAUGUUACUGGGUUGUGGGAAAAAAAUGUACACUUUCUUGAGAGGAACAAAACAGUUGCAAGUGCUGCGGUUUCUAGGAAUCUCUAUUGGAGUUACACAGAUUCUGGCUAUGAUCCUCACUAUUACUUUGCUAUGGGCUCUGUAUUAUGACAGAAGAGAUCCUGGGACAGAUCAAAUGAUGUCCUUGAAGAAUGACACCUCACAACACCUGUCCUGUCAUUCAGUGGAGCUCCUGAAACCCAGCCUGACAAGGAUCUUUGAACAUACAUCCAUGGCAAACAGCUUUAACACACAUUUUGAAAUGGAGGAAUUAUAGAUGCUGCAAAUGAUUUGGAGAAGUCACAACUAUUUGUUGGUGUGUUUGCCUCUUCUACCCUUCAGGUUCAUCCUGGGUAUUUUUAACUAUGUCAGUCUUACUCAUCUAUUUCAGGUAACGACUUAUGAAUAGAUGGAGAGGCUCACGUGCAAGGACACUUGAACCAAAGGACUGUCUUUCAGCUUUUUAGAAUAACCGUGAAAUGAUUAUUUUGCAUAUGAGAAGGAUUCACUGGGCACAGUAAUAUUUAACUUAUUGUCACAGGAUAUACACUGUGUAAAACACUAAUUCUUAUGCUGAUAGUGCUAAUGACGUUCUUAAAAAAACUGUAUCGCAGAAAAAAAGAACUGUCUUCUAAAAAAAAUUGCUAUAUUUGUGGGAAAGCAAAAUGUGACCAGCUGAAAUAGACUUUUAACCACAUUUUAACUAAGCCAUUGGGAAAAUGUCUUAAAAUGAUCAGGGAUAUACAUUCAUAUAAGUAAGUGUGUGUUUGUGUGUGUGUGAAUCAUAGAAUUACAUUCAAGUAAAUGGUUUAAAGUUUGCAACAUCUGUUAAAAAGUGGGGGGGUACAAUUUUCUAACAGCACUUUUAUUUUAGCUGUUUCUUUUAAAGAUAUUCUAAAACCUCUAUUUUUAACAAAACUGUUUGAUUAAAAAAAACAUAUUAAACAGAGGUUUUAAAAACCAUGAUUAUAGACUUUAUUAUUCUAAAUGUGAUCUAAUUUCUAGAAAAUCUUUUUUUUAAACCGAGUUUGUUCUUUGGACUGGUUUAUGUGGUAUGGAUCAAUUUGGGAAUAAUGUUUGUAGUUUUACCCCACCUUCUCCCAUUCCUCUACCCUCCUGAGCAAAAAUGGAAGACAGCAAAAUUCUUAUCUACUGGCUUAUUGUUCUGGAUGUAAAUGCAAUAAAUGUGAGAGCUUAGAAGGAGAAAUUAUACUACGUCUUUUUCUUCAUUAAGAGCUCUCUGGUGACUCAAAUCACCAAAUGGAUGCAGAGUUAAAAUAUAUUUAUUGAGGUGGGAAAAGUGCAUUUUACUGUAUUUUUAUGAACAUUGUGUAUUUUUUAGGAUUAUUUUUAAAAUCAGCUAAGCUUUUGAAAAGUGUGUUUGCUCUAACAACUACCAUGUUUUGUGGUGAGUGCAUUUUUAUGAAGUAUCACAAUUGUAUAGUUCUUUCCACUCGUUUUGGACUUGUAAAAAAAAAAAAAAAAAGAAAAGAAAAGAAAAAAAAGUAAAGCAUGAUCUGGUAGACAAUAAAUCACUAUUGUCUUAAAUUUUGGUAUUUUAAGUUGAAGAAAGUGUUUGCCUUUUUCCAGUUAAUCUUAAAUUUCCUUAUUCAUGCCAGUUUAUCACAAUAAUGUAGAAAUUGGUUGUUAGUUUUUAUGAAAAAUCCAUAAGGGAAUUAAAGUUUCAAGAAUUUGU